AUGAAAAAAAUAUUGAAUACUAUUGACAAAAUCGAUAUAUUUGGUGUUCCUGUCAAUCUGUUGACUAAUUCUAAAGAUUUAUUCUAUCAAAGUAAGCUUGGUGGAAUAGUUACUCUUUUUGUUGGAAGUCUUGGUUUUGCCUAUUUUUUAUAUGUAAUAAUUUUAUGGAUCGAAAAUCAUCUACCUCCAAAUGUGAGUUUUAAAUAAUAAACAUUAUCGUAUGCAGAAUUUGAAAUAACAAACUCUGUUAUUCAAUUAGAAUUAUAAGAUUUUUCAGGUGAGGUAGAUCCUUUCAGAAGAGAAAACAAUAUCAUAACUCCUUAUUUAUAUAAAAUUAUAGAUAGAACAAUUAUUGAUAAGCCAAUUCCAUUAUUUAGUAGUGAAGAUAAACCAUUUAUUAUAUCAAUAGAUAAUGGAACUAUCGUUUUAAAUCAUGAUUAUUCUGGGCAAAAUGGUAGAUUCCUUAUGACAUAGUAUUUGUUAGUAUUCUAAAGUUGUUCUGAUAGUUUACUUGAAAAUGGAAGUUAUUGUGCUAAUGAGAGUGUAAUUAAUGAAUACUUAUCAAAAUUUCAUGGAUUUUUAUUCUUAAGCAUAAAAUUACAUUAACUAAACUAUUUUACAAGACAAUUGGAAGAAUUUAAAAAAUAAUAUUACACAGCCUUCUAACUAACUAAACCUUUGUAUUCUUAAGUUAUGCUUAAAUAAUAAGAAACUAUUAUUGAUGAUGGAAUCUUAUUUAAUAAUUAUUAAAAUUAUUACUUCUUAAACAAUUACGAAUUAAUAAAUUAAGAGGUUGAAAACUCUUUUACUUCUAAUGUGGUUAGCUAAAUGUCAUAGCAGAAUUAUAAAUUUAAUAAUUUUGGUUGUUAUUUAUUUAGAAUAGAUGAUAUUUCUAUUUCAGAAAAUGUCACAAUGCCUAAACUUGGUUAAGUGUUAGCUUAGGUUGGUUCAAUUGUACAAAUAAUAUUUAUGUUAAAAUAUAUUGCAUUAUAUUACAAUAAAGUGCUAUUAGAAAACGAAUUACUCCAUGAAAUAAUUACUAUGUAUUAUCCAGAAAUGAAAAAUAUAAAGUUGAACUUUUUGAACUAAUUUGAAUUUAAAGAUAAUUCAAUUAAGAGUAUUAAGAACCUUAAUUAAGAUUUUAAAUAUAAAUAUAAAAUCUUUUUAAAAAGAGCAAAAGUAAAAUGUAGAUUAAAUAACAUCUUGUAUGAGAUUUCAAGGAUAUAAUUUAUUCUUUAACAAUAAUUUGGUGACUAACUUUUGCAACAAAGUCAUUAAAUGGGAAGUAGACUUUCAAAUAAUUAUAUUGAUUAUGAACAUUGUAAGGAUUCUAAUAGAUUAACUGUAAAGCCAGCUAAUUCUUUAGAUAUUGAUAAUGACUUUGCUUUAUUAGAACCAUUAGAAAUAUUAUAAAAAUAACCCUGA